AUGUCUUUUCUAAAUAGUCUGCUAGACAAUGAUGUUAAUUGUAUUAGUCAGCUUAGGAUGGAUAGGAGAACAUUUGAUACUUUAUGUCAGUUAUUAGACGAUGAUGGAUAUGUUAAAAGUGAUGGCAUUGUUACAUUGCAAGAGCAAGUGUGUAUAUUUCUGCACAUAAUUGCUCACCAUACCAAGAACCGUACAAUUAUCACUAGACUUUUUAGAUUGGGAGAGACAAUAAGUCGAUAUUUCAAUUCUGUGUUGCAUGGAGUACUGCGCUUACAUAAGAUUCUGUUGAGCCCUCCAAAACCUAUAUCAGAUAAUUGUUUGGAUGAUAGAUGGAAAGUAUUUAAGAAUUGUUUGGGAGCUUUAGAUGGAACUUACAUUAAGGUGAAUGUACCAGAAAUCGAUAAGCCAAGAUAUCGUACAAGAAAGGGUUGUUAUUACUUAGUGGAUGUUGGUUAUACUAAUGGUGAAGGAUUUCUUGCACCAUAUAGAGGAACAAGAUAUCAUCUUUCUGAGUGGAGAGAUGGCUGUGCACCCAUAAAUCACGAAGAAAGAGAAAUGAUAAUUGAUCCUGGGGAAGUUGAGUUUGAUAGGAGUGAAGAUGUUGCCGUUAAUACUGACGAUGACAUUAUAGGAUCGAUUUCUUCCUCGGACCAAUGGACUAACUGGAGAGAUGAUAUAGCUAAGCAAAUGUUUGCUGAGAGGAGAUGUCAUGGACAUUAG